UAUUUAUUUACCUUAUUCUGUAAUAAAAUUGAAAACUUGGAUUAGAUCAUCCAGAAUGCAUGUUUUUAUUAUACUAUCAAUAGCUCUUUCUACUGCGUUUUUAUACGCAAGAACAAGAUGGAAAUCAAUGCGAAUGAUUGACAGAGAUUCCUUCAAAGUGAAGCUGAUGAUAAAACUCGGAAUACCACAUUUGCUUCGUGUGACUGGUUUGUCGGAGAUAUUGAGGGUACGUUACCUAUAUCAUUUUAGGGCAUGCAAUGGAUACGAAACACUAUUAAGCAACACAGGAAUGGCUGCAGUAUAUGCGGAAGCUCUGAAAUUCCAGAUUAGAGACGAUGAUGUUUUUAUUGCUACUUAUCCAAAAUCAGGUACAACAUGGAUGCAGCAAAUUGUUUGGUUAAUAUGCAACAACGCUGAUAUCAAUGUUGCUGAGGACAAACCACUUUCGAGUCGAAUUCCUUUUCUUGAAACGGUAGAUAUGACCGACAACGUGUCUUUGGGAAUACAGACGCUGGAAAAAUGGCAAAAGAAUAAGCAAAGGAUAAUGAAGACUCAUCUCGCUUAUGGGCUCCUGCCUGAAGAUAUUCAAUCGGGUAACAAAUGCAAGAUAAUUUAUGUCGCCCGGAACGCGAAAGACGUUUGCGUUUCUUACUACUUCUUUCACGUCAUGAAUAUGCUACUACCGCACCCAGGAACCUGGAGUGAAUUUUUAAAAAAUUAUAGCUCUGGAAAUAUCUUGUUUGGAAGCUGGUUUCCGCAUGUUCUCACAUACUGGGAGAAGUUUCAGACAGACAAAGAACGCAUUUACUUUACUACGUACGAAGCUAUGAAGAAGGACAUGAAAAAGGAAAUAGUUGCUGUAGCCAACUUUCUUGGAAAAAAACUAACUAAUGAACAAAUAGAUAUCAUAUUUAAUUUCUGCACAUUUGACAGUAUGAGCAAGAACAAAAGUACAAAUUACUCACAUGUCAAAAAUUUGGGAUGGAUGGAUUUUAAAAAGGCAAAGUUCAUGAGAAAAGGUGAAGUUGGUGAUUGGAAGAACUAUUUCACAAUAAAUGAAAAUGCAGCUUUCGAUGAAUUAUACAAUGAAAAAAUAAAAGAUAGUGGGCUUGACAUUCCUUUCGAAAUGUGAAUUGUACACUAACAUUUCUUUCUUCGCUUCUUGCCUCAUUCAACUUGCUACACCUGACUUGCAUCGUUUCGCAUCGCAAGAUCCUGUCCUCUGAAUCAUGACGUAGUGGUGCGGGAGUCAUGAUUAAGAAUCUAUCGUUUACACAAAAUAUAUAUAGUUCAGCAUUGACGCGUGAGUGAUCGUAAGGCAGGGCGAGGCCGUUUUUGAGAAGGCCUUAUUAAUAUAUUUUGAUUUGAAGUAUUACUUUUGUGAGUGAACAAUACAUCGUCCAUAUUGAAAAAUCCAUCAGCUCCAAAUGCUUGAUCAUUAUUUCACCGCAUCUGAAUGCAAAGCCUGGCCUUGCAGUUUUAUUGCUCUACUAUUUAAGCAAGACUUCGCUGUUUAAGUAUUUCUUCUAUUUAAUUAGCUCUACUAUUUACGCUUCAUACAAUAAUAACAAGUUCAACAUCCAGCCAUUAACAUUUGUUACUUUAUCUAUGUGUUGCCCAUGGUUCAUCAACGAUGCGUUGAGUUGUUAACUAUGUAUAAGUAUUUCGCAUAUGGGCGUAACUUACAAUUAGUUAGUUUUAAUGCCUGGACUGAAAUAAAAUAAUCGCACAUAUAUUGUACUAACUAUUACGAAAGUUAUUUUUGUGGCAUCGAUAGAAUAUAUUUUUGCGUACUUGACAUUAAACUGCGAAAUAAGGUAUUCU